AGCGGGGAGAGGCCGUUUCUCGCGUUCACAGUAUCAAAAGCAACAAUAGCAGCACUAUUGGAGUCGUGCUGUAAGAAGCACGUCGUGUAAUUACUUCUCUUGCUAACAGGUAACGAAGUGUUUUAAGCCGUGCUAUUCGUCCAACGUGCUCAAGUGCUUGAAUUGAAUCUACUGCAUUAACGUCCCGAACCUUGGUCCCGGUUUUGAUUCCGAGUAUGUAUUGACAACCGAUAAAAAAUUGUAAUCUUUUGACACCUUCAUACGCCAAGUCACAGACACGAACUGCGUAUGCUGUUAGCGUUUUCUACAAGAUUCAGGUGGAACAUCUGUCGCAACUCACGUGCUUCUGUCGCCGUCAUCACCAGUCCUUCAUUAAUGCCUCAGGAAAAGGAACAAGAAUAAAACAAAAGAUUUUGUAGAAGUAGUCAAACGUAUGCUAGCGGUGUGUGAUUGGUCAGUAGGCAAAGGUUGGUGGUACAAAUUACACAAAUCUAAAUGUAGGAUCGAAUAAAAACACUAAUAAUAAGAGAAGGAAUCAAGCCGGACACGGCUGAAUUUAAAGUUGUUAGUGUUUGAGCACUAGUCGUAAGUAGUGCAUAAGCGACAAAGUAACUUUGGCUUUGCACUGCAAAUCUGUCUUCUUCUCAUUAAACUCUAUCACACUUGCAAGUAAAAUCAAUCGCGCUUUGUUGAGACGGGCCUCGUCUCUCUGUGUGUGUGUCGCCCUGUCCCCUCCCGGCAGCACCACGAACAGCUCGGCCUCCGAUUCGAUCCGGCGGCUGAGCGCCAAAAUGUUCGGUGGAGGCGGGGGCCAUAAGUUGCGCUCGGCGCAGCGCGAAAAAGUUCGCCAAUUCAUCAGUUUCACGCAAACCGGCGAGAAGACAGCUAUCUACUGUUUGCAGCACAACGACUGGAAGCUGGAUCAGGCUAGUGAUUCGUACUUUUCCAACCCGGACUUCUAUCAUCGCCACGAUGGCAGCUCAGGCGGCGGGGGUCACACCGUCAGCCAGGCCGCCAACUUUCAUCAUCAUAGGUCCAGUGUUGGAAAUGUCGAUCGAAAGAAGUUGGAUCAACUAUAUGCUCGAUAUCGAGAUUCUCAAGAAGAUAAGAUCCUAGCAGAUGGAGUAAUGCGUCUCCUCGAUGACCUGCAACUACAGGCGGAUAGUAAGUUAGUGCUCCUGCUUGCCUGGAAGUGGCGUGCUGCCGUUCAGUGUGAAUUUUCUCGGGACGAGUUUUAUGGAGGUAUGUCGGAUAUGGGUUGUGAUACAAUUGAGAAGCUAAAAACUAAACUCAAUUUGGUAGAAAUGGAAAUCAAUGACUUUCGAAAAUUCCGAGAUUUCUACAACUUUACCUUCAACUACGCUAAAAAUCCCAAUCAAAAAAGUCUUGAUUUAGAUAUGGCGUUGGCUUACUGGAACAUCGUACUCAAGGGUCACUUCCGUUUUUUGCCUCAAUGGUGCGAAUACUUAGAGGAACACCACAAACGUUCUAUUCCACGCGACACAUGGAACCUUCUCCUCGAUUUCGCAAUCUCGAUUAAAGAGGACUUGUCCAACUAUGACCAGGAAGGAGCUUGGCCGGUUCUCAUUGACGAAUUUGUGGAAUGGCUGCGGAUUCGACAAACACAGACACAAGCAGCGACUCGUUUACUAAUGCGGCACCCAACGUUUACAAUCCUCAUACAAGCCACCUGUCAGGCUUGACAUUUGACUCGGCCGCCAGAUCGUUUAUUUCCGCAGAGAAGCCACAGUCAUCAACAUCGUACCGUCCUGAAAAAUCUAACGCCCUAGUGGAAUCCAAAGCCGCCUCUGAACCACAAGCGAUGCUGGCAGACCGGACGCAGCUUUAGUGCUAUUGCCGCUGUAAUUCUCAGUUUUUGUGUUAGCCGAGCCAGAAUUGUAUAAAUUACAGUUAAUCACAUAAAAUCCUUGUUGAGGUAAAAUCCUUUUUAAUUUUGCAAGGUUCUCUAGAUUUGACGUAACUCUUACAUAUUCGGCGAUCUGUUACUUUUUUCUUCUUACGCAUUUUACUAGCAUUCUGACACACUCAUUAGCUUCUGACCCAAUUUAAUAAAGCAAUCGUAUAGGAUGCGUUUUACGCAUUGUAUUAUACAAGGCACUUAACAAUCAAAUUCUCAAGCUGAAGGCUAUACUGACUACACUUUUUUCUGAUGUAGCAGUAAUUGAUUAACUCGUCAAAAAUCCUUUUUGCGGUUCGUGCGUGGAUGUGAUUUCUAAUGGUUUGAUUCGUCUAUCAAUAUUUGUUAUCUUCUUGUCACCUACCCGUAUUUUGACAAUUUCCCACAACUAAUAAGACCCUCUUCGAUAAAUUGCUGCUAAAUAGUUCGCAAGACGCGAAACCCUUAUUCCACAAAAAUGGGAAUAUAUAUUCCUAGCCAACAUACAAAUUCCAAGUGUUUUUUAUCACAAAAUACGGGAAAGUCGUCAAAAGACGUA